AUGAAGCUUCAUGCCAUUAAUGAAGGCAAACAUAGAAGAAAGACCUCUUCCAAGAUAGCCCCUCUUGUAGCCCUAACCCUAAUCAUCACCAUUCUUCCUGUUUACUAUCCUUAUAUUCGUUACAUUCUUGAAAAACCAUCUGAAAAUCCAUCGCAUUCCAACGAUCUUUUGGAUGUUCAAACCACCACAACGCUCUCAGCCCACCACCCUCUCUACCGCAGCCACCUCCUGCCGCCUGCCGCCCAAAAAGAGGAGGAGGAGGAUCUUAAGGUGUUGGUGAAGAGAAAGAGGGGGUGGAGGGAGGCGGUUUUAAAGCGGUCUGGUGGUGGUGGUGGGUCGUCGUGUGAUUUGUUUUCGGGCGAAUGGGUGGAGAAUCGGGAGGGUCCGUAUUACACGAAUGCGACUUGUUGGGCGAUACAAGAGCAUCAAAACUGUAUGAAAUUCGGUCGGCCGGAUCGGGAUUUCUUGAAAUGGAGAUGGAAACCUCGUGAGUGUGAAUUACCAGUUUUUGAUCCAGUGGAGUUUCUGGAGAUGAUGAAGGGAAAAUCUCUUGCAUUUGUUGGUGAUUCUAUAGCAAGAAAUCAUAUGCAGUCUCUUAUUUGCCUCUUAUCAAGGGUGGCAUAUCCAAAUGAUGCUUCAAAGUCAGAUGACCAGAAUUUUAGACAUUGGGAAUACCCAGAUUAUGAUUUCAACAUUUCGAUUUUUUGGUCACCUUAUUUAGUGAACACAGAAAGAAUCAAUCAAAAAGAUAUAACACAGCCAUUCAAACUCUACCUCGACGAAUUGGACGAAUCUUGGACAUCCCAGAUUGAGAAUUUCGACUACGUCAUCAUCUCAGCAGGCCAAUGGUUUUUCCGGCCCACCAUCUUCUACUCAAAUCGCCGUGUAAUUGGUUGUCUGUACUGCCCAGAAACCACUAUCCACCACCGCUCAUCCACCUUCAGUUACCGGAGGGCAUGGCGGACAACAUUCAGGGCAAUUAACGGGUUAAAGAACUUCAAAGGAAUUGUUUUUAUGAGAUCUUUUGCACCUUCACAUUACGAAGGUGGAACAUGGGAUAAAGGUGGGGAUUGUGUGAGAACAAAGCCGUUCAAGAAUAACGAAAGUAUGAUGGAGGAUUAUAGUUUAGAAAUGUACAAGACUCAAUUGCAAGAAUACAAGAUAGGGGAGCGCGAAGGGAGGGGGAAAGGGAUUAAAAUCACGUUCAUGGACGUGACUCAAGUUAUGCAGUUGAGACCAGAUGGGCACCCUGGCAGAUAUGGUCAUUGGCCGCUCCAAAAUGUUACCACGACCAAUGACUGUGUCCAUUGGUGCUUACCUGGUCCCAUUGAUGCUUGGAAUGAUUUAUUGAUGGAGUUAAUAAGAAGGGAGGGUAAUAGAUAG